GGCACCUCAGUCGUGGUAUUGCCGGCCCGAGACUCGAACCCACAACCUUAGUGUUAGGAGUCAAACUCUCUAACCAUUAGGCUUCCCGACAUCCAAUCACCGAUCUCUACUGAUCCCGACAUCCAAUCACUGAUCUCUACUGUUCCUGACAUCCAAUCACUGAUCUCUACUGUUCCCGACAUCCAAUCACCGAUCUCUACUGUUCCCGACAUCCAAUCACUGAUCUCUACUGUUCCUGACAUCCAAUCACUGAUCUCUACUGUUCCCGACAUCCAAUCACCGAUCUCUACGGUUCCCAACAUCCAAUCACUGAUCUCUACGGUUCCCGAUGAUUACUCAAUAAUCUUUCACUUGUUUCCUCAAACUUAAUUACAAACUCUCUUUUUGAGGGCGUAAUAAAUGCGACUAACUGUUUCUUUAUUAACUCACUGUCACAGCUUCAUGUUUUUUGGCAUCAUUUCAUAAAUGUGUAAAAGUUGAAAUCGUAUCGGUCCUAGAUGUAGUUUUAUGUGCCACUGAUCAUGCAAAAGAGUCUAUGACUAUUUUCCCCCUUGAAAACAGUUGCACUUUUCCAGACACUGUUUGGGACGCACCCACUGUUUAUAACACUGGAGCUAAGCUAACAAGACAGGUUUGUUGAUCAUGUUUUUUAGACGGAUACCGUUUAAUCAGAUCGCUUUCGCGACUGUGGUCGGAGUUGGAGGAGGGAUUUAUAUCUACAGACCCAUGUUUGAGCAUCACAGCAAAAAUACAAGUGAGGAAAAUAAAACUCAGACUGAAAAUAAAGGACAAAACAACACGGACAAGUGACUGGAGGACAGGAAAAGUGGAAGAACAUGACGAGGAGGAGACAGAAAAGAGAGAAUCACUUUCAUCAUCAUCAUCACUUUCAUCAUCAUCACCAUCAUUAUACUUCAAAUUAAUGUUAAUAAAAGUAGAAUUAAAAAGUGGACAAUUUGAUAAAGAAGAUGAUAAUACAUGAGUCAAAAGACCCACAAGAACGAUUGAUUAAUAAUAAUAAUAAUAUUGAUAAAGUUUUAAUGUUCAACAAGAAAGUGGUUUCUCUUUAAAUUCUUGGAUCUUGUUUUAAGAUGUUGUCAUUGCUUAGACUUAUUUAUGAUUCAGGAUACAUUGGAAUUUAUGUGAUUUGUGUGAAAAUCCCAUAAUUUCAACAAUAAAGAAAAAAACAUAAACAUUUGUAACCUA